AUUCAAAAUAACAAAACAAGGUGAUUGUUGAAUAGGUCGAAUCGUUGAAUGCCCAAUGAAUGGUUGUCUUGCCGGGAUUCUUCUUCAAAGUGCAAAGUAUUGAUGGCAUAGAUUUAUUCACAUAUUUUAGAAGCAAGUGUAAAAAAUUUCAGUACCUACGGUAUUUGUAAUAGUUGUCAGAGGAAAUAAUAUACUACUUAGGGCCUAUGCAUAGCUUUUAAAGUUGUUUUGUUGGAAGAUUAAGUCAUUCCAUGCAAAGGUCGUCUAAAAGUAAUAAUCAUUACAAAGAACAACUUGCUAAUAAAGUUACUAGUAGUACCAAUAUUGGAAAACCGUCAGUGAAUAAUUUUAGGCCCGAAGUCUCAAAGGUUAACAAUUUUGGAAAGGUCAAGGCGGAUACAACGACCGACUUUAGGUCUAAGGAUUUUGAAUUCAAGUAUGUAACAGAAUCAGAACUGCAAGCAGCCGUGAAACAAGUCAGAAGAGCAAGACUCAAGAAGCUAGAUGAACAGAGAUGGCAACACUUUUUAAGAUGGAAAACUUCUGAAUCAACUGCAUAUUCUGAAGAUAAUGACAGUUACCAAUUCGGUAGAGGAACUAUCAGCCCAAAACAUGAUCUCGCCCACCCUCACGUCGAGUACAAGCCUGAACGUUUUCAAGAAAUGCCAAAGGUGGAGGAUGAAAUUCAAGAAAAUUUUAAGGGGAUGACAGCACUUCCAUUAGGAGCCAGCAUUAGUGUCAGCGAUAGCAUCGGCCACGCUUAUCAGCUGGGAGGAGUGUUGACCAAGCGACUACAAGACUUGGUGGCAACUGUCGGACGGAUGACAUCACUACUGCUCUCCUCCGUCUCCUCCCGCUCGACAAACUACGAGGACGAGGAUGUUGACCGAGCUAUCAAACGUAGUGUAGAGUUUGAUGCCAUGUUCGCUCGUAACCACCUCUACGAGAUUAAGCGUCUGUUGAAGGAUGCCAAGCAGCUAGUGGUGGGGAAGUGUCCAGGGGAGUUGGACAGCAAACUGUCUGCGGCCCUCAAGUGUGUCAUCCAGGCUAUCCAGGUUUACGCCAAACAUGUGAGUAAGGGAGCCAGAGUGAAGUACCAGCAAGUAGUUCCCAUCUUCCAGAGUAUCUCUACAAUACAGAGUCUCCUGGAGCAGUUGACUGGGCAAGUUGGGUUCCCCUUCCGUCAGGAACUGGAGGUGGCGUGCAGUUACAUGAAGCAGGUUCUACUGGAGAUGAGCACGUCGGACACUCAGAGAGUGACGACCGUCGUGAGUCGUAAACCUGUCAGACCAAAGUCCACGGUCGGACACAAGCCCUCGGCUGAUCUGUCCAUGUACAACCGUCGCCGACCAGACUGGAGACGUAAGACUGCCUCCCUAGCACGCGCCAAGUUUGGCCCUCCUUCCAGCAAGAAGAAUGCCGCGGCCAAGGAGGUGCCUCACAGAAGAGCCACGAUGGCAGUGACGGAGGACAACGUCACUACGAUGAUGGAUAUCAUCAAUGACGAGAAAUUUCCAAAAGAAGAAAAGACAAAAUGUGAAUCUGCGCGUCCUCUAAGUGCCAAAGCAGAGCCCAAAAAUGUUCAGCUCAUCUGCCUUAGAGAAGAUGACCGUCCUACACCCAGCACUCCUGCUGCUGACCCAUUAGCUGUCGUCAACAGUGAGAUCGAAGAUACCAAAACAACAUUAACGAUAGAUGCACAAGAAAAAGUAGAAGCCGAAGAAUUUCAUAAAAAGAUGAAUGAAUAUCGGCAAACACAACCGCACUAUAAAGACGGAAGAGCCCUAACAAUUGUUGACAGGUUUGCAAAUCACAUUCUCGCAGAAAUAGUUAUGGAUUUUCAAAAAGAAGAAAUAAACAAUGUUAUACAAAUGUUGUACAAAUUGGAAUUUCAAUAAAAUAUUUAGAUUGGAACCAUAUGGAAAUCAAACAUUAAAUUAGACUGAUGUAUAUACUGAUGAUAGAAUAA